CGACAACAACAAGAAGCUGAAAAACAAGGAAGUGGAUGAUUGUAAACCGUAAUAAGGCCGUGACAAGAUACGCAGAGCUCAGUUUAAUCCGAAAUUCCUCAGCCUCCGGAUCAGCAAAGAACAAUGAACAACAAAGGAUCAUAUCCACAGCAGGCUGUGUACCCUCAGCAGAGCUCUGCACCUGUAUACCCUCCUGCUAUGCAAAUGUCUCCUCAGGCACCUCCUUACACAGACACACCACCUGCAUAUUCUGAGAUAUACCAGCCCAGAUAUGUGCUUCCACCUCAGGUGCCUGGUCAGGUGCCUCAGAUGUCCUCUCACUACCCUGGUGCUCAGAUGUUCAUGCCCAUGCAGCCACCGAUGUCUGUUGGGCAUGUGGGCCAAAAUGUCCCCAUGGCCUACUAUCCGAUGGGAGCCGUGUACCCCCAUGGCUCAACAGUGAUGGUGGACAGCGGCUAUGAUACUGGUGCUCGCUUCACAGCAGGCAGCAGUGUUUCCAUCCCACCCCCACCUCCUGGACAUCCCCCAAACGCAGCUCAGUUGGCUGCCAUGCAGGGUGCCAACGUUGUAAUGACACAGCGCAAGAACAACUUCUUCCUGGGUGGAUCCAGUGGAGGUUAUACCAUCUGGUAACAGCAACUCCUCCUUCAUGCCUAAACCGUGUCCCCGUCCCAAAUGAUGCCCCAGUUCUUUCCCCAUCCCAUAUGCCUCCCUCUUCAGGCUGCUUGGCCAUGCCACAAUACUGAUAUCACCUAACGGAAUGUAAUAUUUUAGAGCCCUCGUGAAAGGUACAGUACUCCACUUCUGACGUAGAGAUCAAACGAUGAAUGCCACUGCCUGGAGAGGACAAAUGCAAAUUUUUAAUGUUGAAUUCAUUCCAUAAACCUUCAUUGGGUCUACCCUUUUUGGUCAUUCCAGAUUGGACCUCUUUCAGGCAUCUGUAUUUGUUCAAGAGACCUCGUCUCCUUUUUGAUUCAAUGGAUCACAAAUUUACAUUGAGAUGUUCUUGUAUACCUGUAAAGCUACGUAAAUGAAAUGUUGACAUAUCAGACCCGCAUUAUAUAGUUUAGCAGCUUUAUGGUGAAAGUGAAACGCAGUUUAAAAAGUGGCAGUUAAAGCGCAAAAAAGAAGUCUCCACUUGUCUUUUUUGAAAACUUUUAGUGUAGUUAAAUUACUAGAUGUGUAAUAGUUCCAUGUAAAUACCAGUAUGAUGAUCAUGAGAAAUUACGUCUCAGCUAUACAAAAAAAAAACUCAGCAUCUUGGAUGCUUUUUAGCUAGAAUUGUCUUGUCUUUUGCACAAUAUCCAAAAUACCAUGGCAAAUCUGUUGCAUAGUGGAUUGUCUACUGACAGAUUAUUACAUUUAAAUCACUUGUAAAUUAAACAAAUUAAAUUAAAACAAAUAGUUCAUGAGAAGAUUCCAUGCAAUAUCCAAAGUGGUUUACUGUACCUUGUUGGGCAACUUGUAGAUGAACAUAGUCAAGUGCCAAAGAGCACUGGGGAUAGCCCUAAUUUAAAGCAAAUUAACUUCAGUAAACUUAAAGGAAAGAAAUUAAGUAAAUCCAAAUAGUAAGUUGAGUGGGAAGGGGUGGUUGGUGUAACAUUUUAGCUUUUUUUUGUCUCCUGUUUCUAUUUCACAGUCGGAUACCCAGAGUUUAUACACUAAAUGUUUUAAUGUACAUAUUUCAAAAAAACUCACCAUUGCCAUUGUUUCUCUUUUCACACAUUAUAAUUUGGUGUCAUCAUUCAAGUAAAGUAUUUAUUCACUGUAGAACAAAUAGGAUAGCAUUAGUUUCUAGUCAACAUUUUCAAAGGUUUAGUGGACUUAAAUAAAGAAAUAUCAUUGUUUGUUUAUUUUUCUCCUUCAUUACUUUUCCACAUUUUAAGUGAUUUACAUAAGUAGAUAGGCUAAUCAAUUUGUUAGUAUAACCAAUGAGCUGGUUGUACCAAAGAUUUGGUCUACAAUGCACUUGUGUUUGGUUGUGACUUGAAAUUUUAAACUUCACAAUUUAAAAGCAAACAUAUCAUCGGAUAAACAGUCACAAGGUCGUCGGUCGGACCUUCAGUCUGACGUGACUGCAAUUGUUAGUGAACGUCACUUUAAAGUGAGUUAAAUGCAUCUUUUAAGUUGUUGCAUAUUUUUGCACCUUUGCUAUGUACAAAUUUGAUUAAAUACUUUUUAUCUGAGAUGCACUGCUAAGUAAAUCUGAGAAGUUGCAGACAAGGGGCUACUCUCUUUUUUUAUUCUGGUUUCAUGUCUUUUUAAAGAAAGCUGUGAGAUUUUUGAACAUUUUUAGAUUUUGAAGAUGCUACUUAAACAUCAAAUGUAGUCCAUUUUUAAAAAGUAACAUCAAGACGUGUCGUGUUGUUCAGAAAGCCUGAACGCGUAUGCAGACUUGCUAUGAGGCUAUGUCACUGUCAGUAUAAUAAUUGUUCAUUUCCAAGACAUUUGUGUGCUGCUAAUGAAACUCUCCUUUUUUUUUUUAGAAUCUUUUACGUUAUAUAUAUCUUAUAAACUUCUAAACAAAGUAUCUGAAAGUAGGUAAGUCAGUAUGGAUACCAUCAUCUGAUCUUUGUAGAUAUUCUUCAUUUUUUGGUGUCUGGUAGCGUCAACGUGUCAACUGGGUAUCCGACAUACCAUAUCAAGUUUUAACAGCUGUGGCCCCCAGAAAAGACAUGCUGUUGCUGUCAACCAACAUUUAGUUAUUUCAGUGUUAUUGAGGUCAGAAAGACCAGCUGUCUGGAAACCUGCUUCACUCAUUGGAUGAAACUCCUCUCGGCAGCGAGUGCGAAGAGAGCUACUAGACCAGACUGCAUUUUACCGUGCUGUCAUUUUCUUGCGACGUUCCUGGAGAAGAGGCCACGGCUAUUAAAACUUUAAAAAAAAAAAAAAUUUGAUUGAAACAAAAAUGUGUUUUUUCUUUUUUUUUUCUUUCUUUCUUUCCAUCUCUGCUCUUAUUGUGUUUUUGUAAAAGCAGCAUAAUGGUGGCUUUGUCCCAGCAAUAUGAAGUACUGUAAACUACAGCUGACCAGUAGAUGCUAUGCCAACCACAGCCAGCAAAAAGGAUUACUCUUUGUUGUUGAAGGAUUAUGGACAUUUAUAGUUCAGGGAUUCUCUCUUUACAAUAUUUUGUAAAAUAGUAUGUAUGUACUAAAAGUGAUGUGAUGGGACUUUGGUACACCAUUCUAUCUUUUAAGAUUACUAAAGGAAACGAGCGUCACCACAGUUUGCUGAGACAUGUCAAAGAUGGAAUACUUUGAAAAGAAAAAAAAAGAACUUAGGUGCACUUAACUUUUUUAUACUAAACUUAAAAUUUAAAAUGUAAGUUUAGAAUAAAGGUUAUUUUGGAAAUUUGAAAA